GAGAGAUAGCGCUCGCUUUAUUGAGAGAGACGGAGAGAGAGAGAGGGCGAGGGAGAAACAACUCUGGACGACUGAAGACUUGCUGCUGCCACAAAUACAUAACGACAGAAACAGCUAAAGAAAAACAGCUAAAUACAUCUGUAAAAGUUACAGAUCGAGCCAUGGACGGGAUGGUAGCAUUUGGACGCACUUCGCUCUUGUGCACCUUGCUGCUUUGCUUUUCAUUGCAAGUGUGCUGGGCCGUCGUGACAGUGACAGUGACUCCCAAGGUGGAGGUGAUCAAGGGAGAGUCAGCCAGUCUGCCCUGCACCUUCAAAAUCCCUCCCUCCCUGAACAACAUCGUAGAGUGGUUCAUUGAGGAGGGUGGCACUAGGAAGCGUGUUGCGUUCCGCUCCGUGUCGGGCGGCGAGGGGAAGACUGAUGAGGGGACACGUCUGUCCGACAGAGUGACCAUGGGAAGGGACUUUUCUCUGACCAUCUCCCCCGUGGCGGUGGAGGACCAGCUGCCCUUCUACUGCCAGGUCACUGCUGGCCCUGCUGGAGUCGGAGAGGCCAUCACACAGCUCAAAGUCUUCUUCGCUCCAGAGAUGCCAGAGGUCACUGGAUCCAACCAGGCCCUAUCUGUUGGUGACUCCUCCACACAGGUGGGCCAGUGUGUGAGCCAUAACGGUCACCCCCAGCCCAGGAUCAUCUGGUUCCAGGACUCCAAGCCUCUGCCUGAGGUCAAGGACAACAAAGAGAAGGUGUACAUGGUGCCGUCAGUGGUAAAGGAAGCAUCAGGUCUGUUCACCAUCACCAGCACCCUGAUGAUGCAGCCCCAGAAGGCUGACAAGGACAGCGUGUACCACUGCACCGUGGAGUACAGCAUGCCCAACGACAUGAUCAAACAGAUCGACUCUGACACCUUCUCCCUCACCCUCAACUAUCCCUCUGAGACAGCGACCUUUGUCCUGGUGAACACUGAGCCAAUCAGAGAGGGUGACGAGGUGAAGAUGAUGUGUGAGACAGACGGAAACCCUCAGCCUGAGAUUGAGUUCUUCAAGGAUGGGAUAAACAUUAAGGAAGGAGUUGCAGGGGGACUUUUGACUCUGAAGUCCGUCAAGCGUUCGGAUGCUGGGGUGUACAAGUGUACGGCCAUCGACUUUGAUAACCUGGAUGCUGAUCUUAAUGGAGAAGUCACUCUCUCUGUCCACUACAUUGACCCAAUGAGUGUGAGGCCUGCCGGUCCAUUGUCGACAAUGACGGGAGACAUGGUGGAGCUGCAGUGUAAGACCAAGGCCUCAGACACACACACCGUCCAAUGGAAGAAGGGCUCCACGGUGCUGUCCCAGACUGGUGUCUUGUCUCUGAAGUCAGUGACAUUCGCUGAAGCUGGCGAGUACUCCUGUGUGGGCGCAGUGCCCUCUGUGCUCGGACUCACCUCCAAGGCCAGCGUCAAUCUCACCGUCUCAGGUAAACCUGAGAUAGAAGCAGCUGUUGAUGGAAUGGUGGAGAAGGAGGGAGACAUGGUGACUCUGUCCUGCUCUGCUCACGGACAUCCUGCCCCACAGUUCACCUGGACACCCUCAGGAAAGGAGUCGGUGUCGGUGAAGGGUAACAAGGUGGUCAGUAUGGUCAUGCUGAAGGCCAGUGCUGCGGUCGUGAAGGACGGGGUCACCUGCGAGGCCAGUAACGACCACGGAGAAGCCUCUCAGGCCUUCAAAGUCACCAUCAAACAAGCCGUCGAUCCCAACGCAGCCAAUGAUGCAGGCAGAGCUGAUAAGCAGCAGGGUGGCUCCAGUGGCGUGGUGAUAGCCGUGGUGGUGUGUGUCCUAAUGCUGCUGCUGCUGGUGGCACUCCUCUACUUCCUCAACAAGAAGGGCAAGCUGCCCUGCAGCAAGAAGGACAAUAAGGAAGUGGCAAGUGGGGAUGUGAAUAAUGACAUUGUGGUGGAGAUGAAGACAGAAAAUGCCAAUGAAGAAGCUGGCCUCCUGAACAAGCCAGCAGCACAGCAGUGAGGAACAGAGGAGAAUUUGACGCAAGAAGACAGAAAGAGAGGGAUGAAGGGAUGGAUAGAAAACGACAGCAGGGCUUGUUUUAUUUUUGAUAGAGGGAGGAAUCGGACUGAGGGAGAAAAGACGGUGUAAUGGGAGGGUGUUUUUGUAGGGAUGGGGGGUA